UCCAGCUUCUUCCGACGUGUAUAAUAAAUUUUCAUAUUUUUAAUAUAAGUAAUACAAAUGAUGUAACAGAAGCAUUCCACUAAAUUAGACGUAUUUGGCUAUAUAAUUUAUUAUAUAUUAAAUAGGGCAGCGAAAUAAAAACAAAAAUCAUGUCGUCCUCAGCUAUAUAUAUUUUGGACAUUAAAGGCAAAGUACUUAUAUCUAGGAACUACAGAGGUGAUAUAGAUUUAGGAGUGAUUGAAAAGUUUAUGCCAUUACUUCUUGAAAAAGAAGAGGAAGGACUGUUAACACCAAUUCUUCAAACACCUGAGUGCACCUUUGCUUACAUAAAAACAAAUAAUUUAUUUAUUGUCAGCACCACCAAGAAAAAUGCAAAUAUUGCGUUGGUAUUUGUAUUUUUACACAAAAUAGUUCAAGUUAUGACAGAAUAUUUUAAAGAACUUGAGGAAGAAAGUAUUAGAGAUAAUUUUGUUGUGAUAUAUGAGCUGUUGGAUGAGCUCAUUGACUUUGGUUAUCCACAAACAACAGACAGUAAAAUCUUGCAAGAAUACAUUACUCAAGAAGGACACAAAUUAGAAAUACAACCCAGAAUACCACUUGCUGUUACUAAUGCAGUAUCAUGGAGAUCAGAGGGCAUUAAGUACAGGAAAAAUGAAGUAUUUCUUGAUGUGAUUGAAUCUGUUAACUUGCUGGCAAACUCAAAUGGCAAUGUUUUAAGAAGUGAGAUAGUGGGUGCCAUAAAAAUGAGAGUAUAUCUCUCGGGCAUGCCUGAACUAAGACUAGGCCUCAAUGAUAAGGUUCUAUUUGAAUCAACAGGCAGAGGAAAGUCAAAAUCUGUAGAAUUAGAAGACACCAAAUUUCAUCAGUGUGUAAGAUUGUCCAGAUUUGAAAUAGACAGAACCAUAUCUUUCAUACCACCAGAUGGUGAGUUUGAGUUAAUGAGCUAUAGGCUAAACACUCAUGUCAAACCUUUAAUUUGGAUUGAGUCUGUUAUUGAAAGACAUGCUCACAGCAGAGUAGAAUAUAUGAUUAAAGCCAAGUCACAAUUCAAAAGAAGAUCUACAGCCAACAAUGUUGAAAUCAUUAUCCCUGUGCCACCAGAUGCUGAUUCACCAAAAUUCAAAACCACUAUAGGUAGUGUUAAAUAUGCUCCUGAACAAAAUGCCAUUACAUGGUCCAUUAAAUCAUUCCCUGGAGGCAAGGAAUAUUUGAUGAGGGCUCAUUUUGGCUUACCUAGUGUAGAAUGUGAAGACACAGAAGGCAAGCCUCCUAUACAAGUUAAAUUUGAGAUUCCAUAUUUCACUACAUCUGGCAUUCAAGUUAGGUAUUUGAAAAUUAUAGAAAAAUCUGGUUAUCAAGCUUUGCCAUGGGUUAGGUACAUUACACAGAAUGGAGACUAUCAAUUAAGAACUAACUAGAUUGUUAUAAAAAUUGUGCAUUUAAGUCGUUUAACUUUCUUGGUCAUUGCAAGGUAGAAUGCAACAACUUCAUUCCAGUAUUAAUAUGGUGCCUUGCAAUAUAAAAAUUGGAAUCAAUUAUGGGAAAUAUAUUAAUUUUUGAAAUUACGACUGUACAAGGCUUUAACUGUUAAAAAUCAAAUAGUAAUAUAAGCUAAUAAUUUUAAUUCUAUUGUAACUUUUAUUUGACCUAGUUUUUAUUUCUAAGGCAGUUUUAUGCACUGAAAUUGUAUUUUAAUAAAUAUUGUAUUAUAGA